CGAUCUCAUCUCGCCUAUAAAUACAUCAGCCCACUCACAAGCUGCGGCAUGCACGGUGCAAUUAGCUUAGUUUAACUAGUCUCUCCAUCUCCUCUUUGAAACAUCGCGCCAAGCUCCCUGAUUAGGGGAGAGAGAGAGAGACUCAAAGCAAUGGAGAGAGCUCUGUUCUUGCUGCUGUGGAUCGCCCUGUUGAGCAGCGCUGCUCUCAUGGUGCAAUCUCUUCCUUACGACUACUCAUCAAGCUCUGAGUGCUUGCCGGAGCCGCUGGAGCCUCACUAUGGCGGCGGCAUCAUCCGCAACGCCGACUUCAGCACGGGCCUCCAGGGUUGGUCGGCGUUCGGGUACGGCAUCGUCUCGGAAGGCGCGUCGGCGGCGGGCAACAGGUUCGCCGUGGCGCGGAACCGGACGCGGCCGUACCAGAGCGUCAGCCAGAAGGUGUACCUGCAGAACGACACGCACUACACUCUGUCCGCUUGGCUGCAGGUAAGUGAUGGCAGCGCCGACGUCAGAGCUGUUGUGAAGACCAGCGGUGACUUCAUCCACGCCGGAGGCGUCGACGCACGGUCCGGGUGCUGGUCCAUUCUCAAAGGUGGUCUCACCGCCGCCGCCUCCGGGCCGGCUGAACUCUACUUCGAGAGCAACGCGACGGUGGACAUAUGGGUGGACAACGUCUCCCUGCAGCCGUUCUCCAAAGAAGAGUGGGCCGCGCACCACGACGCGUCCAUCAAGAAGGCGCGCAAGAAGACGGUGCGGCUCCGGGCGAGGGACUCCACCGGCAAACCCGUACCGGGCGCGCAGAUGCGCAUCGAGCACGUCCGGAACGGCUUCCCGCUGGGGUCGGCCAUGAGCUCGGAGAUCCUGUACAACCCGGCGUACCAGCAGUGGUUCACGUCGCGGUUCACGGUGACCACCUUCGAGAACGAGAUGAAGUGGUACAGCACGGAGCCCGUCCAGGGCCACGAGGACUACUCGGUGCCGGACGCAAUGCUCCGGUUCGCCAAGAACCACGGCAUCGCCGUGCGCGGGCACAACAUCUUCUGGGACGACCCCAGCACGCAGAUGGCGUGGGUGAAGGCGCUCUCGGUCGAUCAACUCCAGCGCGCGACGGCGAGGCGCACCAAGUCGGUGAUGUCGCGGUACGCCGGGCAGGUGAUCGCGUGGGACGUGGUGAACGAGAACCUGCACUUCAACUUCUUCGAGGACAGGUUCGGGUGGGAGGCGUCGGCGUCGUUCUACCGGCUUGCACACCAGAUGGACGGCAGCGCGCUCAUGUCCAUGAACGAGUUCAACACGCUAGAGCAGCCCAGUGACCUCAGCGUGGUGCCAGGCAAGUACCUCGGCAAGCUGUGGCAGAUCAAGGACUUCCCCGGCAACGGCAACGCCGCAAGGAUGGCCAUCGGCCUCGAGGGCCACUUCGACGUGCCCAACAUCCCCUACAUCCGCGCCGCGCUGGACACCAUGUCCAAUGCCAACGUGCCCAUCUGGCUCACCGAAAUCGACGUCAAGCCGGGGCCCAACCAGGCGGACCACCUCGAGCAGAUCCUCAGGGAGGUGUACGCGCACCCGGCAGUGCACGGCAUCAUCCUGUGGACGGCGAGGCACCCGCAGGGGUGCUACGUCAUGUGCCUCACCGACAACGACUUCAACAACCUCCCCACCGGCGACGUCGUCGACAAGCUGAUCUGGGAGUGGAAGACAAGCUCGCACGUCGGCGUGGCGGACGCCGAGGGCUACUACGAGGCCGAGCUGUUCCACGGGGACUACAAGGUCACCGUCAGCCACCCGGCGGCGAACUCCACCGUGGUGCAGAGCCUGAGCGUCGACAAGGAGUCCGACAACGAAUACACCAUGCACGUCUAGCUUAGCUUCUAGGAGGAUUGAUAUACGCAUACAUGUGCAUGAUUGCUCAUCUAGAGCACUGUUGUUGUAAUGUUGUGAGUCAUACACACAUAGGCCCCCAAGAGAUAUAAUUCCUGGAGUGGCGAUUGAUCAGAUGUUCAUAUUGAAGGAAGAAGGAAUUUCGAUUUGUUCUUCAGUA